UCUCUCUCCCUCCUCUCUCUGUCUGCUCCAGGCGAGGGUAAGAUGGUGGACCGGCUGGCGAACAGCGAGGCCAACUCCAAGCGGAUCCAGGUAGUGGAGGGCUGCUUUGGCGCGGCGGGCCAGCCACUGGUGAUACCGGGCCGAGUACUCAUCGGUGAGGGUGUGCUCACCAAGCUGUGUCGCAAGAAGCCCAAGGCGCGGCAGUUCUUCCUGUUCAACGACAUCCUGGUGUACGGCAACAUUGUCAUCCAGAAGAAGAAGUACAACAAGCAGCACAUCAUCCCGCUGGAGAGCGUCACCAUCGACACGGUGGCAGACGAGGGCGACCUGCGGAACGGCUGGCUCAUCAAGACACCCACCAAGUCCUUCGCCGUCUACGCCGCCACCGCUACCGAGAAGUCAGAAUGGAUGAGCCACAUCGGCAAGUGCGUGGGCGACCUGUUGGAGAAGAGCGGCAAAGCGCCGACUGGCGAGCACGCCGCCGUCUGGGUACCCGACUCAGAGGCCACCCUCUGCAUGCGCUGCCAGAAGAUCAAGUUCACGCCCCUCAGCCGCCGCCACCACUGCCGCAAGUGUGGCUAUGUGGUUUGUGGCCCGUGCUCUGACAAGAAGUUCCUGCUGCCCAGCCAGUCGUCCAAGCCGGUGCGUGUGUGUGAGUUCUGUUACCUGCAGCUGGCCUCCGCGGGAGGGGGGAUGGGCUUAGGCCCACGCUCUGACUCCUACAGUCGGUCAGAGUCAAAGUUCAACAAUGUGUCGGACGACGACGAUGAGGAGGACAGCAGUGACUGAGGAAGGCCCUCCGGACAGCCAUCCAUCUUCCCCUUUUUAGGAAUGAAUUAGCAAUAUUCCACUCAUUUUGUUUGUGUGAUCUUUUUUUUUUUUUUUUAUACCUCCGCAGCUUAAAAAUGCAGUAGGAAGA